CUCCAGUCCAUCUUCUAGUGAUUUCUCAAACGAGUGAGAAGCGGCGGGCGGCGGCUAGCUGUAUCUUUAAAAACCCCUCCUCCAGUCCAGUGCAUCUUCUAGUCCAGUAGUUUAUGGAUCCAGAAGCAGUGUCGAAGGCGUUCGUGGAGCACUACUAUUCUACGUUCGACACAAACCGAGGCGGUCUAGGUAGCCUGUACCAGGAAUCUUCAAUGCUAACAUUUGAGGGACAGAAAUUUCAGGGAUCCCAAAAUAUUACCGGUAAGCUCACCAGUUUACCAUUUCAGCAGUGCCAGCAUCACAUCUCCACCGUCGAUUUCCAGCCCUCCGGCCCCGUUGGUGGUAUGCUUGUUUUUGUUUCUGGCAAUCUUCAGCUCUCUGGGGAGCAGCACGCCCUCAAGUUUAGUCAGAUGUUUCAUCUGAUGCCAACACCUCAAGGCAGCUUUUAUGUGUUGAACGACAUUUUCCGGCUCAACUAUGCAUAAGGAAGGUGGAUAUAUAUCUGCUCAUCUACACAUGAUUGUCAUUGGGAAGUUGUUACUUCACCUGCUCUAUUACUCGUCUUUACAACUUAUUUGACAUGAAUUUAUUAUUAUUAUUUUUUUCUUUCUUUCUUUUUUUAUGCAAUUGGACAAAUUUGCUGCCUGCAUUAUUACAUUAUUGAGACUUGAGUA